AAACCAGAAAGUGGCACAGAACGCCACGGAGUUGAAGUUUCUCUGAAAGACACAGAAAAUAGACCCUGAGGUCUCCGGAAUAUCUGGAAGAAACUGCUGUCGGUUUGCAUCUAUUUGGAAGCAUCGCCUCUGCUGAGAAAAAGGAAGGUUGGUGGCAGAAGGAGGGAAGAGGAUGAGCUAAUGAUGGACGAUUCCAAGUCGCAUCCGGUGGCUUCUUCCUAGACUGCCAUGAGUCAGCCACCGACCGGGGGCGCUGCCCCUGCCGCAGCCUCGGCUUCUACAGCUCCCGAGGCUCGCCUGCACCCGGAGGGCAGCAGCCGAAAGCAGCCUCGAGCUCAGUCCCCGGCCAGGUCCAGGGACAAUUCUCUGCGACCGACGUCGGCGUCCGCGCGGUCCCCGGUGGGCGCGGGCACGAAGCUCAACUCGGCUCGGCAGCAGCAGUUGCUGCAGCAGCCGCAGCUGCAGCCCAGCACCAAGCUCGGAGGCCGGGCCGCGCCCCCCGCGGGCUCCCGGGGAGGAGCGGGCGGAGGCGGCCCUGAGAAGGCGGCGCCCCCGGCACCCAAGGGGGCCGCUCCAGGAGCUGUCCAGCCGGCGGUCGGUGCUGAAGCGGGCCCCGCGGCCACUCUGGCCACCGUGGGCCCCAGGAGGCCCACCGCGCCGCCCGACGAGCCGCCCCGGGACGUGGAGUCGGCGGCCUCGAAAGUCGGGGAAGCCCCUCUGAUCCGGGAAGGAGGCGGCGGAGGCGGGGAAGGAGGAGGAGCCGGCGGCGGCCCGGGGGACCGGGAGGGGGGCGCUCCGCAGCCGCCGCCGCCGCCCAGGGGUUGGCGAGGGAAAGGCGUCCGCGCUCCGCAGAGGGGCGGCAGCGGCGGGGAGGGCCCCUCGGCCACCCCAGCCUCCUCGUCGGCCUGCAAAGCCCCGGGCGCCGGCAGCAGGAGCUCGGGCGGCGGCGGGGGCGGCGGGGGCUACUGGAAGGAAGGAUGUCUGCAGUCUGAGCUCAUCCAGUUCCACCUCAAGAAGGAGCGCGCGGCGGCCGCGGCCCAGAUGCACUCUAAGAACGGCGCUGGCGGCCGCAGCAGCUCCGCGGUCGCCGGCGCCCCUGCCGUUUGCGAGCCCCAGGGGGUCCCCUCCUCCUCCCCCUCCUCCUCUUCCUCCUCCCCGAUGGCGGCGGCGGCCGAGGGCCCCCAGCAGAGCGCAGAGGGCAGCGCCGGUGGCGGGGCCGGGCAGGCGGCGGCACCGCCCUCGUCGCAGCUGCAGCCUCAGCAGCAGGAAGAGAUGCAGGAGGAGAUGGAGAAGCUGCGCGAGGAGAACGAGACGCUGAAGAAUGAGAUCGAUGAGCUGAGGACCGAGAUGGACGAGAUGAGGGACACUUUCUUCGAGGAGGAUGCCUGUCAACUGCAGGAAAUGCGCCACGAGUUGGAGAGAGCCAACAAAAACUGCCGGAUCCUGCAAUACCGCCUCCGCAAAGCCGAGCGCAAGCGGCUCCGCUACGCGCAGACCGGGGAGAUCGACGGCGAGCUGCUGCGCAGCCUGGAGCAGGACCUCAAGGUGGCAAAGGAUGUAUCUGUGAGACUUCAUCAUGAAUUGGAAAAUGUGGAAGAAAAAAGAACAACAACAGAAGAUGAAAAUGAGAAACUGAGGCAGCAGCUUAUUGAAGUUGAGAUUGCAAAACAAGCCUUACAGAAUGAACUGGAAAAAAUGAAAGAGUUAUCACUGAAGAGAAGAGGAAGCAAAGAUUUGCCAAAAUCUGAAAAAAAGGCUCAGCAGACUCCCACAGAGGAGGACAACGAAGAUCUGAAGUGCCAGCUGCAGUUUGUGAAGGAAGAGGCCGCUUUGAUGAGAAAGAAAAUGGCCAAGAUCGAUAAGGAAAAGGACAGGUUCGAACACGAGCUGCAGAAGUACAGAUCCUUUUACGGGGACCUGGACAGCCCUUUGCCCAAGGGAGAAGCCGGAGGCCCUCCCAGCACCAGGGAGGCCGAGCUCAAGCUCCGGCUGCGGCUGGUGGAGGAAGAGGCCAACAUCCUGGGCAGGAAGAUCGUGGAACUGGAGGUGGAGAACCGCGGCCUGAAGGCGGAGCUGGACGACCUGCGGGGCGACGACUUCAACGGCUCGGCCAACCCGCUGCUGCGGGAGCAGAGCGAGUCCCUGUCGGAGCUGCGGCAGCACCUGCAGCUGGUGGAGGACGAGACGGAGCUGCUGCGGAGGAACGUGGCGGACCUGGAGGAGCAGAACAAGCGCGUCACGGCCGAGCUCAACAAGUACAAGUUCAAGGCGAGCGGCCACGACGGCGCGCGGCAGCACCACGACAGCGCCAAGAGCGAGGCGCUGCUGGAGGAGCUGAAGGCCGCGCGGCUGCAGAUCAACGAGCUCAGCGGCAAGGUGAUGCAGCUGCAGUACGAGAACCGCGUGCUCAUGUCCAACAUGCAGCGCUACGACCUCGCCUCGCACCUGGGCAUCCGCGGCAGCCCGCGCGACAGCGACGCCGAGAGCGACGCGGGCAAGAAGGAGAGCGACGACGACUCGCGGCCGCCGCACCGCAAGCGCGAGGGCCCGAUCGGCGGCGAGAGCGACUCGGAGGAGGUGCGCAACAUCCGCUGCCUCACGCCCACGCGCUCCUUCUACCCCGCGCCCGCGCCCUGGCCGCGCGGCCUCUCCGACCGGCAGCACAUGAAGGACAUCCGCUCGGAGGCCGAGCGCCUGGGCAAGACCAUCGACCGGCUCAUCGCCGACACGAGCACCAUCAUCACCGAGGCGCGCAUCUACGUGGCCAACGGGGACCUGUUCGGACUCAUGGACGAGGAGGACGACGGCAGCCGCAUCCGCGAGCACGAGCUGCUCUACCGCAUCAACGCGCAGAUGAAGGCCUUCCGCAAGGAGCUGCAGACCUUCAUCGACCGCCUGGAGGUGCCCAAGUCCGCCGACGACCGCGGUGCCGAGGAGCCCAUAUCCGUGAGUCAGAUGUUCCAGCCUAUCAUUUUACUUAUUCUCAUUCUUGUAUUAUUUUCAUCACUUUCUUACACAACCAUAUUUAAACUUGUCUUCCUUUUUACACUGUUUUUUGUACUAUAAAUCUUUCAUCAUUUACCAUUCAUUGUAGUAUUUUCAGUUUGUUUUAUUUGUUUCAUCCUUCAAGACAAGAAGUAAAAGAAGUUUAAUUUCUAUAGUAACGAAUGCUGUAAAAACACUGAAGACUGCUUAUUUCUGUAUAAAGACUUAACACAUCUUACAAACACCAAAUUCAAUAAGAAACCCCAGCACCAAACUAUUUCAGCUGUUGUAAUUCCCUUCUCAUUGCUGAGACAAAGCAUCCAACCAAAAGCAGCUGAUGGAAGGAAAGUUUAUUUGGGCUUAUAGUUUCUAGGGGAAGCUUCAUGAUGUCAGAGAAAGUAUGGCAUAAGCAGGGUCUAGAAAUCACUUCUCCCACAGCAGGUGAAAAACAGCAGCAGGUGAGUGAGCUGAACUCUUGCAAGAGAGAACUGACCAUAACAUUCCCAAGCCAGCACCCAGAAACAUAAGCAAGGCCCCGCCUCUCAAAUUGCCAGCAGCUGGGAACCAAGCAUUCAGAAGCCAUUAUUUUAUGGUGGACAUCUGACUCAAACCACCAUAGAAGUGGACUUCCUUGAAGAUACAUUUUGAUGAAAUACAUAUUUCAAGAAUGUGUCCUGUUAUUCUCAGCAGUCAACCUGUAGAAUUUCAGAGAGAAACUCAUGCAAAAUAAGAAUGUUUUAUGUCCUGGCCAUACAACAAUGAAUGCAAAGAAUCCCAGAUGUUUCUAACAUUGCUUUUAUAUUACUCAGUUAGGAGAUGGAGAAACAAUGGUGGCUCUUUUUCUGUUGGUCAUUUUGAAAAUAUGCAGUGUGGCACUCUGAAGGCCUGUGAUGGGGAACUUAAUACAUUUUCAUUCAUGCCUUCUCUUUUGUGGGAUGACUCUGAUUAUGCUUGUGACUUUAGAAGGAGUACAAUUGAUAAGUAGCUACUAGUUUGAAGUUACUGAUAUUUUCAAAAAGUGCGUGGAUUCCAAGUAGUAGGGUAGAACCAAAAUAGCUGAAAAAGAAAUCGCAAAGUUAUAGAAUAUAAUUAUAGAAUAAAUUACUUCAGUGGCAUCUAAUACAAUAUGCUCUAAGGGUCAGCCACAGCCACUUUGGCAGAGAUACUGAAUACCUAUUCUUUCCUUCCUGCACUGGACCGUCUCUUUCUUGUAUAUAUACUGCAUUGCACUCUCUGUUCUUUUUCUAUUUUACUUUUCCAUUAAGGACCUUUGAAGUGUUCAUGGGCAAACUUCCAUGAAGGCAUUGCGUUUACAGGCCUCUGAACUUUCCCACUUGCCUUGACCUUGGGGGGUGGGUUUGACUCACUCUGUAGAAAGCCAUUACUAGAGUGUGAAGCCAUAGGUGAUAAUGAGUGUGACUUUGAGCCUUUCUUUCUGUACCCUCACAUUCCUGUGCCCAGAUAUUUUAUUGUAACCUUCUCACAAAUAUCAGUUCUUCACACCUGGGCACCAUGUGAUCAAAAUCUAGCAUGUUUCUCCUGCUGUUCUCGACUUGGGUCUUACCUCCCCUUCCCCACUUAAUCUAUAAAUUAAACAGGUGAAUUUUCCCACGUUCCCAUUGAAGCUUAUCUAUUUUAUAUUACUCCUUCCAGUGUUUCUAAGUGAUGGCAGUUCUCUGCCAUAGUGCGAAUAGCCAGUAAUUGGCCUCCUUUAUUACUGUCAUUAGAAGACAACGCCUAGAAAUAAGAUCCUGUAGCCCAGAAGUGACAACUCUAAGAUUUCUGGAAGAAGAUAUAUGUGGGCUUGUCACUAUCUAGGACACUAGAGAUAAUUCCUCAUACUACAAAUCAUACCUAUCAAAUGCUCUGCCUCUCUUAACUAUGGUUUUCUGCUAGAAUAUCAUAACAGAGAAAUGACUCAGGGUGGCCCUCUUGUGGUGAGUGGGCAUUCCUAAGGCUCUUUUCUGGUCACCAAUAGGGAAAAACAGGCGUGGUGGCACAAACCUUUAAUCCCAUCACUGGGGAGGCAGAGGUAGGAGGAUUGCCAUGAGUUCAAGGCUACAAUCAGACUCCAUAGUGAAUUCCAGGUCAGCCUAGGCUAGAAUGAGACCACACCUCGAAGAAACAACAACAUAAAAUAGAGAACACUCGAAUUAUUCUGGCGUUUUUAUUUUACUAUCAUUAUCAACAUCUUCCAAGUCACAAAUCUGUAAAUAACACAAUGGUUAAAAUGAAUUUGAAAAAUGUAAGGGCAGUGUCUCUACUUUUAAAUAAAACACAUUUCUCAAA